AUGAAGGGCUCAUUGUUCGUCAGCGCUUUGUGCGUUAUGGGUGCUGCUGCCAGUCCCCUCAACAAGCGUGUUUUGGUCACCGAUAUCGCCGUCACUGUGGUCACCGUCACCGUCACUGAAACUCCUGGAGCUGCCACUUCCGUGCCUGCUUCGACUACCUCUGUCGCUGCGACUACUGCCCCCGUUGCGGGUGCUGCCAACGUGAACAACGAAUAUCCUCGCCCACCAUGGACUUCGACUGAGACUGAGACAACUAUAGUCGUGCCCUCAUCUACCUCGUCCACUUCCACCUACAUUGCUCCUGAACCUGCUACAACUGUUGCUCCCGAGCCUACCACGACUGCUGCCCCCACCACCACCGCUGUCGAGGUAUCCUCUACAUCUACCAGCGUCCCCACGGCUACUGGCUCUGCCUACCAAACCUUGAUUCUCGACUCUCACAACAUCCACCGUUCCAAUCACUCUGCUCCAGCUCUUACCUGGAACGAAACCUUGGCCGAGUCUGCACUUGCCUUGGCCAACACCUGCGACUACCACCACGAUACCUCACUUGGUCCCGCUGCCAACUACGGCCAAAAUAUUGCCUAUGGCAUCGACUCCGACAAAGUCGACCAAAUCAUCACCAACAUGAUGUACAACGACGAAAUGAUGUACUACCAAGGAUUGUACGGCGAAGCCAGCCCCGACAUGACCAACUUUGAGCAUUGGGGUCACUUCAGUCAGAUUGUCUGGUUGGACACUACCACCGUCGGCUGUGCUACCGUGACUUGCUCCAAUCUCGCCGAGUCUGGCUCUUCUUUGGCCUUGCCAUUCACCGUUUGCAACUACUACCCAGCUGGUAACUACGGUGGUGAAUACGGCGCCAACGUCCUUAGUCCAUUGGGCAACCCGAUAGUCAUUGCCUCCUAA